AUGAGUGAUUGUCUGGCGUCCGGGUUGGAGUCAGCAAUACCAUUGUUACUCCGAGAAAUCCACACACUGGCUGACGUUGGAAAAAUCACUAUUGCUUUCCCAGAUGAAGGAGCUUUCAAACGAUUUAAUACAAUGUUUGACAGUUUUGAAACCAUCACGUGUACCAAAAUACGUGAUGGUAAGAAGAGGAUUGUCAGAGUCAAAGAAGGUGAUGCUGAAGGAAGGCACAUCAUAAUUGUGGAUGAUUUAGUACAGACUGGAGGAACUCUGAAAAAUUGUGCCAAGGCAUUACUUGAACGAGGAGCAAUUGGUAUCAGUGCUUAUGUAACUCAUGCUGUGUUUCCCCAAGAUUCUUGGAAAAAGUUUGUCGAUAGCGAGGUUAAAUUCACCAACUUCUGGAUAACAGAUUCCAUCCCGCAUUCCAAAGAGAUUGCCAAAAAUCCGCCAUUCAAGAUGCUUUCGCUCUGUGAUAGCAUAUCAGAUGCCUUACUGGGCUUUGAUCUUUUACAGGCUUAAGAUGAAUAUCUACUAUAAUAACUUUGAAUGCUACUUUGGUUACCA